AUGCCUCGGAAGUCGACCAAGGCCAAGGGCGGCCGCGGGGCCGCGCCCAAGCCCCACGGGAAAUCCCCCGCCGCCGCCGCCGCAUCCGUCCCAUACCCUAACCCGGCCCACCAGUACCCCUACGACGCCGACCUCGCCGCCGCCGACGCCCUCGGGCGCCUCGACCUCUCCGCCUCCGCCGCCGCCACCCCCGCCGAGGAUGCUCCCGUGGAGACGCCGCCUCCCCAGCCCGAGGCCCCCGCGCCGCGGCCGCCGCCUCAGCCGCCGAUGGAAGCCUCGUCGUCCGGGAGCGGUGCGGCCGGUGGGGGAUGGGAGGAGGAGGCCCUGAGGCGGCUGCAGGAGCUGGUGGGGGUUGGCCGGGAGGAGGUGGAGUUGACCGAGGAGGAGGUGCGCGCCAACGAUCAGAGGCAGGAGGACGAGAUAUGUGCCUUGGAAGCAAUUUUUGGCGACAAUGUAGUCAUGUUCAAUAGAAAGGAGGGCCAGCGGUCUUUCCAGGUUCAUGUGCAUAUUGAGAUCCCAGACGGUACAGAUGUGUCAGCGAGGCUCAGUUUUGGUGCUGGAGCACUAAAUUAUAAGGAAGGGCAGGAUGGUGAUGCCACCGAUGAUCUUCUUUACAAGUUCAGAGUUGAGCACUUACCUCCGAUCCUGCUAACAUGUCUCCUGCCUCCGUCGUACCCGAGCCAUCAGCCACCCAUUUUCACUAUGUCCGCCGAAUGGCUGGACAAAGUGAUGAUUUCCUCGUUAUGUCACAUGCUGGAUAUGACUUGGGAAGAGCAGCAGGGCAUAGAAGUAGUAUAUCAGUGGGUGCAAUGGCUCCAGAGCUCUUCCCUUUCUUACUUGGGGUUUGACAACGAGAUUGUUUUAAGCCAGGGUGGUCUAACGUGUACUGAAGAUGGUGGGGAUAAGCGCGCGUGUCCAGGCAAUGCUCCACCUGAUGUUACAAUUCCAAGGAUUAUUAGAUACAAUGAUGAUAAGCGUCACGAAGCCUUUUUGCACGCUAUCCAUGACUGCAUGAUUUGUUUCAGCGAGUCUCCUGGCGUUGAUUUCAUCAAACUUCCAUGCCACCAUUUCUUUUGCCAGAAAUGCAUGCAAACAUAUUGCAAAAUGCAUGUCAAGGAAGGAACUGUAGUGAAGUUGCUGUGUCCUGAUACAAAAUGUGAAGCCGUUGUUCCUCCAAAUAUAUUGAAAAGGCUGCUGGGGGAGGAUGAGUUUGAACGUUGGGAAUCAUUGCUUCUUCAGAGAACUCUUGAUGCGAUGUCUGACGUAGUUUAUUGUCCGAGAUGUCAAACUGCUUGCUUGGAAGAUGCAGGUGAUGAAGCUGUGUGUUCAAGUUGUUUAUUCAGCUUCUGCACACUUUGUAGAGAGCGACGUCAUGUUGGGGUGGAAUGUUUAUCUCCAGGAGAGAAACUUCUUGUUUUGGAGAAACGUCAAAAGUCAGGAUAUGCAAGGGGAGAUAUUCAGAAGCUUAUGGAUGAAGUACGCAGCAUCAAGGAAAUUUUAAAGGAUGCAAAACAGUGCCCACGAUGCAAGAUGGCAAUAUCUAAGAUAGAAGGAUGCAAUAAGAUGACCUGUUGGAAUUGUGGCCGGUUCUUCUGCUACCAAUGCAAUGCUUUAAUUAGCGGAUAUGAUCAUUUCCAGGGUGAUUGCGUGGUCUUUGAUCAGGCUGAAAUCGAUAGAUGGGAGAUGCAAAUGAAUCAAAGGCAACAGCACCAAGUUAUUGCACAAGCGCAGGCUGACUUGUUCGCAGGAGACUAUGGUUACCCGUGUCCCACUUGCCGCCAAGCAGUUGCAAAGAUUGGAAACAACAACCAUCUCUACUGUUGGUCAUGCAACCAACACUUCUGUGCAUUGUGCCGGAAGUCUGUCCAGAAGAUGUCACAGCAUUAUGGUCCGAAGGGAUGCAAGCAACAUACUGCAGAUCUGUGAUGCAGGUUGUCCUGUAUGGGCAGCCUCAAGUCAUGUGCAAUUUCCAAAGGUUCUAUGCGUGUGCAUAUACACUCAGUCACAGGGAGCAUUUGCCCUGGCGUUUGGAAGCGAACUUUGUUUCAACCUUCCGACUUCCUUGCACUCGUAACAGCAGCUCAGCUAUUUAUAUUCAUGACAAGGAAACUGUGUAUUUACCCCGUUCAUUUAUGUGUAUGUUUGUUGAGAAGAAUCUGCAUAUUCAGGAUGCCAGUGCAGCCCCCUUGUAUCAUGAACAAAAUCGUUGCUGUGAUACAUAUGCGAAGAAAUUUACAUUGUGUUUGUUUCUCAA